GCCGGGCUCGGCCGGGGGCUGCCGAUCGCUCUCGGAGAGGAGGAGCCCGAGGAGCUCCCACGCCCGGCUCUGCUCCCCGCGCUCUGCCGGCGCUGCCGAGAGCCGGGGCGGGACCUCGGCCUGGGCCUCGCUGGGGCCCGGCAGCUUUGUCGUUCCCGUGAGCUGUUGGUGAAGGAUAUCUGGAGAUGCGUUCGUUUAGUUCCGGUGUUGUUCAGGACGUUUAGAGGGGGUUUGUGUCCGGAGCAAGCUGCACUCCUCAUCGCACAAGUCACCGGGUAUGUGCAUUCGGAGCCUGGUGGAGUAUCGCAAUGGCAGCUCAGAUGACUGAUGCUCAUCGGCGGUUCCUGCAGGUCCUGAUGUCUCAUGGGAUAAUGGAAGGAUCCGAGGCAAGGAAGUUACACAAACACUGCUGUGAAGUCCAUAACGUCUACUAUGCGCAUGAUAAACUGGCUGAUUUCAUCAGUACCAUCAACAGGCAUCUACAGCCUUUGUUCAUGCAGAUCCGGAAGGGACUGUCAGAAGAUGAUGGGAGCGCCCAUUAUGCUUUAGUGAACUUGGCAGAAACUGAAAUAACUAAAAUGGCAUCUGACUAUACCGAAAAUGAAUUAGAAUUGUUCAGAAAAACAAUGGACCUAAUCAUUUUAUCAGAAAAUGGCUUUGCCCCUUCUACAGAUAUUUUAAAUUUGGCUGACCAACUAAAGACAAAGAAAAUGAAGAAAAAGGAAGCGGAACAAGUGCUGAAAGUUUUUGUGGAGGAUAAGUGGCUCUCUGAGAGAAAUGGAGAAUUUACUCUGCAUACUCGCUGCAUAAUCGAGAUGGAACAAUACAUUCUCAGCAACUACCAAGAUGUGGCAAGGAAGUGUAACAUCUGUCACAGCCUUGCCAUCCAGAGCCAAGUAUGUGAAUCCUGUGGAAUUGGAAUGCAUUUACCUUGCAUCAGAAAGUACUUUAGAGCUCAGACUGAACCUCGCUGUCCACAGUGUAAUGAUUUCUGGACUUGUGACAUCCCAGGAGUGAGUCAGACAGACACCCAGUCACCACCGAAACCAGUGCGAACAGAGAAGAGCUUCAUGCUCAGCACAAGACGAUCCUAGGAAAACUGGAUUUUAGUAAAAUCUCUUUCCCCCACCCCUGCAGAGCAGCCAGGCUUGUAUUGUAUUCAUUAGCAACAAUGCAGAGGUCAGUGUGCUUGGCUUUUCCUCAAGCUUUUAAGAAUUUUACAAGCUUUUAAGAAUUUUACAGACAAAUUUACAAUAAUAAAAUUAUCAUUGACCUUC